GAUCAUUCGAGGAGGGAGACACCGAUCCGAGUGAUGUUGCGGACACAUGAAACAGUACGGCGAUGACUACCAUGAGGCAGAGUUCGGACAGAAUAUUGGACAGCAUCGCAGCCGCUUGAUCAGUGCAUGCAAGAGGACAACCUUUCUCAAGACACAAAGCCGAUCACGAAGAUGAUCUUUCGACAACAUGGGCCGACGACACUAUCUCACCCGACUGGCCCUGGGUCGCUCCAUAUACGAAGACGGAGACGCAGAAGUCCCGACGAACCCAAGCGAGGAUUCUCCAGCACCAGGCCACUAUGUCCAGCGAUACAACUCCAAAGGCAACCCGACCAACCCCGAGACAGAAGCCUUCAACAAGUCCAUGAUUGCAGCUCACAACGAUGUCCUUGCUCUCGUCGGAGUCGUCGAGCGCAAAGAUCGUGACGUCCGCCAAUCUGAACAACACCGCGCUGCUCUCCGUGAGCUUCGCCAGCGCCUCCUGAUCAAGGAACAGGACCAUGCCGAGCUCAUCGACUACCUCCUUCUUCCUACCCGCUUCUUCUCCCACCUUUACCUCGAUGGUCUGCUACAACGACUGCUUGUCGGGCUCUACCCGUCAUCACUCUCCUUCUCCGGUAUCCUGUUGACCGAACUCCACUCCAUCUGCAAAACUCCAACGGUCCGCCUCAUCCUCGCUACCGCCUGCCCUGCUCUCGGCGAUGUCAUAUCCUACGUCUUCGUACGAGUCCCGCUCCUCAUCGCCGCCGAGCAUGUCGCGGGACGUGCGCAGACCCGAAUCUCCAGCUCGCGCCUGCCCCGCAGAACGGCUCGAAAGCUCUACACCGCCGUCGCUUUCCUCUAUGAAGCCGCGCUGCUCGCCGUCGACAUCCUCUUCCUGCCCACCGACUAUCACACGACCACUCAGCGCCUUCGCCUUACUCCAGCACUCUCACUCUUUCCGUCCUGGUCAUUCGUCUCGCCCUUCUCGCCGGCGUCCUUUCACGCUUCCGGAUGGAAGCCUCUCUAUGCGUCUUCUGUCUUGAAUCGCUUGAUCUCACCACCAGCCAUUAUUCUACUCACCCGCCGCAUGCUGCAACAGGAUCCAUUCAACGACGAUAUCACGGAUGAGGAGCGCUUGCCAUUUGCGUUAUCUCUUACCUCGUUCCGGACCCCAUCCCUCACCGCCGACCCCAACCUCACGCCGAGGCCCGGCUUCCGCGAUGAUCCUCUUGGAUGGAUUCUCUACAAGAACUGGUCAUUCCGCCGUAAACUCCUCCACUGGGCUGGGUUUCGCGGAAAAGAUGUUGACCACCUUCAACCAAGUCCUCCACAACGCCGCGCCACAGAAGAUCUCGAAGGAAGACGGCGAAGAGAACUAGCCACCGCCUCUUCGAAUGACACUCCGUCCUUACCGCUCGUCCUUCCCUCAUUCCUGAACGAGUCUAUCGCUUCCUGGACAGCCACCUUAUUCAGCCUGCCGAUCGAGGCCCUUCUACUCCGCAGCAUUGCCGUGUCCUUUUAUCAUCUACGAGGCUACUCACCCGAUGCGGCUGGAGCAAUGACCAUACUUCCUCGAUUCGACACGUUGACCCUUCGAGGAGUCAUGACAUACACCUCUCGGAUUGGGCUAUGCUUAGCUCUGCACGCUAUGGUUGAUAUUGGUAUCUUCGCCGCGCUGAAAUGGAGUGUGGAUCGGAAUACUGUUGCGGAUGUUGAACCUCUUGCGACGUUGGAUGCGGAGGAGGAAGACUUGAGAGACGAUGUGGAGGAUGAAAUUGAGGCGGAAUAA